CCUAAAAGUAAAUUUUAUUUUGAAAAGUUAGUGAGUAAAAGUGUAAUGAUGAUGGGUAAGUAGGGAAAGUGGAGGAAAAAGUUGAUGUGAAAGGUGUAAUGAUGAUGUUUUUUUAAUAAGUUGGAGUUACGAAGCAGGACACUUAAAAAGGGACGGAGGGAGUACUUUUUUGGGAUCGGCAACAAAUAUUAAUUACUACUACUAUUACCAAUCCUUGGUUGCAGCAUGUACUACCAAUCCCUGACUACCAAAAUAAAUACUGAUUAUAGAUAUAUUCGGGAUAAAAUAGCGGGCCCUAUUUCAGGGUGCUAGACAAGUCCAAAUACAAAUUUAUCGUGUUGGAUUGUGUGCUGGUCCGCCACUGAUCGGGCCAAACCCUUCUCUUCAAAUAAUGUAGAAAACAUGUAGUGGGCUCUUCUUGGGCACCCUACACUCUUGAAAAUCAACUUAGUCGUACCCUCUUGAAAAUCAACUUAAUCGCCAUAUAUAUACCCAUCUCUAGCUUGCUCAAAAUAUACCCCACCCUCUUGAAAAUCAACUUAAUUUCCAUAUUUUCCUGGAAAGAGAAAAUUAAUCCAUCAUCUAACAAUCAAGCAUCUAUUAGGAGAAUUAUUGUAAUCCGGUGCAAAAUUAUCCAAGAAUAAUGGAAUAAGUAUAUAUACACAUUUGACCGAACAAUGGAAAGCUCUUUAGUUAAUAUUGAAAUCCUUUCCCGUUGUAGUUUGCAAAGUUGGCAAUCCAGGAAAAGUAAUGAUACUCUUGAUCAGAUCCUUAUUCAUUGGGUUUAUUGACCUCUUUGUUUGUGGCCUUCAUGUUGUAUGUGGGUGACAUGCAUCUUUUUUAUUCCUUCUUUUUCAUAUGCCUUACUUUUACUGGUAAAAAAGAUGGAAGAAAAAAAGAAAUAGCCUAAAACCAUAUAGGUAAUCAUUUGUGUGCUUAUCUGCACAGAAAUUUGAUAUCUCUAGCUUUUCAAAUCUCUUUUCUGAUAUUAGCGUCCUUGAUUUACAAAUAUAGAACUUUUAGCUAUGAAGCCAAGUUCAUUGAGGAAAUUGUAGGUGUACUCAAGGGCAAGCUAGCUCACAAGCACCGGAGUGUUGACAACCAUCUAGUAGGUAUGGAUUCGCGAACUGAGCAUGUUAACUGCUUGCUAAAACAUAUGUCGAGCUGGGUUGGUGUCCUUUUGAUAUGUGGAAUGGGUGGAAUUGGGAAGACGACGAUUGCUAAAGUUGUGUACAAUUCAAAUUAUCAUUUUUAUGAUGCUGCCUGUUUUUUGGAAAAUGUUAGUGGAGUUUCCAAAGGGCACAAUGGAUUAGUUGAUUUGCAAAGACAUCUUCUUUCGGAUAUUUUAGGGAAAAACGAGAGCAUAAACAAUGUUGAUGAUGGACGUUGGCGGAUCAAGUAUGUAGUAAGUAACAAAAGAGUUCUUCUUGUCCUUGAUGAUGUGGAUCAAACAAACCAACUAUCUUGCAUUAGUUGGCCAACAAGAUUGGUUUACGCCAGGAAGUAAAAUAAUCAUAACCACAAGGCUCGAGAGCUUGAUUAAUGCUCAUGAAAAUUAUAUUGUGUAUAGGCCUAAAAAACUAUCCAUUGAUGAGUCACUUGAGCUUUUCAGUUGGCAUGCUUUUGGACAAAAACACCCUAAAGAAAGUCACAUGGACUUAUCAAAAAUGUUUGUGCAACAUGGCGGUGGGCUUCCUUUGGCUCUUAAAGUAUUCGGCUCUUCUGUACGAUGGAAAGAUACAGAUGUAUGGGAAAGUAUGUUACAAAAAUUGGAAGGAACUUCUGAUGCUUCAAUUCUGGAAAAACUUGAAAUAAGUUUUGAUUCUCUAAAAGAUAACCAUGAUAAAAAUAUAUUCUUGGACAUAGCUUGUUUCUUUGUUGGAGAGAAGAAAAAGGAAACGAUAACAAUACUAGACGGAUGUGAUAAUUAUUCCGCACUUGUUGGAAUUCAUAAUCUCGUCGACAGAAAUCUCUUGACGAUUAAUAUAAGGAAUGGGACGCUGGAAAUGCAUCAGUUACUUCAAGACAUGGGAAAACAAAUUGUUUGCCGUGAGUCUAAUUAUCCAGAGAAGCGUAGCAGAAUUUGGCACCCUAAAGAAUCCUUCAACAUUUUGCGAGAAAAAACUGGUACGAAAAAAAUUGAAGGCCUCGCACUUGACAUGAACAUGGUGAGAAAUUCAAACAUGGUUGUCUUUGAAGCAAAUACAUUUGAAAAGAUGUAUAACUUGAGACUACUCAAGAUGACUGGUGUAAAAGUCUCUGGAACUUAUAAGGCAUUUCCCAAAAGAUUACAAUGGUUGUAUUGGCGUUGUUUUCCUUUUGAAUCUUUCCCCAGUGAUGUUCCUCUAGAGAAUUUGGUCUCUCUUGACUUGAGUUAUAGCAACUUGAAUCAAGUUUGGAAAGGAACUAAGGUUCUUGGAUCGUUGAAAAUUUUAAAUCUCAGUCACUCCUCAAAACUUACAAAAACUCCAAAUUUCUCGAGAAUCCCCAACCUAGAGAAAUUGGUUCUCAAAGCUUGUCCAAGUUUGCUUGAGGUCGAUGAAUCUAUCGUAAAACUACAGAGGAUAGAGUCACUAGACCUACAAGAUUGCAAAAAUCUGAGACAGCUUCCAAAAAAUAUUGGUAUGAUAGAAUCGCUCGUGGAAAUCGAUAUCUCCGGCUGCUCAAAUCUUAUGGGGGCAAUGGAGGAGCUGGAGAAGAUGAAAUCAUUGCAAGUGCUCAAGGCUAGUGGAUUAAUGGAUAUAAAUCGUGUCCUUACUGUGGAGUUUGCAUCAAAAGCAUCUAUUUGGCCUUGGGUUCCAAAACCAAGGGUACAAAUGUCAUUGGCCUCUUUACCAAGCUCUUUGGUCCGUUUAGAUCUUUCUAAUUGCAAUCUCACCGAUGAUGCAUUUCCCAGGGAUCUUAAGCUCUCCAAGUUGCGGAAUUUAUAUCUAGAUGGAAAUCCAAUUUCUAGCCUACCAAACUUCAUUAAAGAUCUUGCAGGUCUCCAAACAUUGGAUUUAUCAUCUUGUCGAAAUCUCCAGCAGAUUCUAUGGCCAUCGACCAGCACAUACACUCUGAUGGUCGAUUUUUGCGAUGCAUUGGAAAAAAUAACAUUUGAGACGGGAUUCUAUGUUGGAUACAUCUCACAUGAUUGUUGCCGUAAAUUAAAUCACAUUCAGGGCAAUUUCAAGGUCUCACCCGUCAGAGAAGUUGAUGUGGAACUGCUCAACAGUAUUGGCUUCUUCAACUUGGACUCUAUGGCAGAUGUUGAGGCUAAACUAAAGAACUUGUAUUCGGGAAUGUACGGUGACGUGGUUCCCAUUCAGAUACUGUAUCAAGAUCACACAUUCCACGCAUUUUUUCCUGGGAGAGAAGUUCCACAGUGGUUUAGCAAGAAUGGUGGAUCCAGCAUAUCAUUUACUACGACCUUAUCUCCUCAUUUCGGUUUUCGAGGCUUGAAUCUUUGUGCGGUGUAUACAUUUCCAGAUGAUUUAUGGGACGAUGAAAGAAAUUUCCCAAGUUACUUUUCCUUUGAAAUCAGUAGCAAGAGCCUUUGCAAGAAGACCGUCUUUGUUAUAUGGCUCUAUGGCAUUCCGGAAAAAGGUGGAGAUAUGGUAUGGUUAAGCCAUUGCUUCAAAGCAAAUCUGUUUACAUAGGGCGAUGAAGUGGAAGUUUCUUUCAGCAAUAAUAAAAGUAGCGAACAUUUUAAGGAGUGUGGAGUCCACCUUUUGUACUUUGAAGAACAGGGAGAAGUGUUCCAACACGUUAACACUCUACAACGCUCAUGGGAUCCAAAUUUGUCUCUAUAUGAGCCUGAGGCAGGUGCGAACCUUUUCUAGCUAUUGAGAGUCCAAGCUUAUAUAUGGAUUUCGAUCUUGGCACUCUAAAAAUUGAUGGAGGGGCUCCAAAACUGCACUGAGUUGAUACACAAAACGACGUCGUUUUGGAGCCCCUCCAUCAAUUUUUGGAGU